AUGGCUGGUGUUCCUACAGCUCGAGGUUGCGACGCGUGUCGCAAGCAGAAGAAAAAGUGCGAUCAGGCUAAACCGGCUUGUGCGAGAUGCACACGUCUCAAGCUCCAAUGCACAGGAAGUGGUGUAAAGCGCUUCGUCUUCAAGUCCGAGAACACUCAAGCCGCUAAGAAACACACGAAAACUGUGGCUGGACCGUCUUCGGCGCUGAGUAAUGACAAGACGUUGGUGGCGGGUAACUUGGUGCAUAUCCUUGAGUUCGAUAACCCCGGCUAUGAUAUCUCAACGUAUGGAUGGUUCGUCAAAGACUUGCCACGCCACGUUGGAUCGAGUAAACCGCUUGAUGCAGCUAUCACAGCGUUUGUAACAGGCUUUAGACCGUUGAAGGACAGGAGUGUUUCAAAGGUUGAUGCUCUGGAUAAGUAUGUUUUUGCGUUGAAGGCGUUGAGGGAGUCGAUGCAAGAUCCUGCGCAGGCGUUUUCAGCGGAUAAUAUGUGCUCGAUCUACUUAAUCUCGAUCUGCCAGGAAUGGCUUGGCAGUGGUGGUGCGAGUGCUGGCAGUGUUAACUCGAAGCACCAUGAAGUGCUUGCAUACUUGCUUCAGAACGCCAUCCUCAAGUCCCAAUUUAAUCCCUCCGACAAGCCGUUCAUGCAAACGAUAUUCUCCAUAGUGGUCCUUGAGAGUUUCACCAACCCCAACAUCCACCUGGGCCCAUGGUUCUGGCAAGCUCUCUCAGUCCUAGGCGAUGCCGGACGGCCUCUCAAAUCAGGAGAUGGCACGUCCUUCGCAAGUCUCAACAUCGGAACUAUGGGCGAAAUGUCCUGCUUCAUCCGCGAUCCCGAUCGAUACCUCUACCAGAUCCAGUGUGCAUAUGCUCUUGUUCAGACAGAACACCCGAGAGUUGUCAAAGCAGCUGAAGAGGCAGUCGCUAAAGCCAAAGCAUCUGGCUCAACGUUUCUUCAGAGAAGAAUGGGGAUGCGUUUCCAUACAGCGAUCGCAGCGAUGCUGACGAUGGCUGCUAUUCUGAAUCGCAUUCUACGGUCUUACGAUGGCGACCCUGUCCUCGUAGCGGAUGCUAAGCGCUAUGUUGACGAGAGUAUUGCACUGGGCCGAGCCGCCAGCUAUAAUCGGCCGAUUGCAGCUGCUGCGGUGGCUUCGCCUCUCGCGCUGUCAUUAGCUGCGUUGGAUGAUUACAGACGCGAGGAAGUUGAAAAGCUGCUCGUGGAGUAUCAGACUGAUUUCCCAGGCUUGAAUUACUUUUCUGAUGUCAGAAUGGUCAAGAGGGGCUUUGAGGAUAUUGAUAAGAACAACCAGAGAAAAGUGAGGUUGCUAUUAUCAAGUGAAGAAGAGUUUGAUAGUAGUUCAGGUGAAAAUAAUAUAGAUACCGAGACAGGACCGGGGUGUACAAUAUUGUGA